CUCCCCUCCUACCGACGUCCUUAUAUAACCCGCGAUCUUUCCUCAGGAUCUAAUGUGUACAAGAUGUCCGUAUGGGUUAGUAUAGUGAUCGCUGCACUCCUGAUUGUACCUCAUUCGGAAGGGAGGCUGCUGGAGAGCAUCUUACGCCCGUUCAUGAGGACAACCACAACCACAGAACUGUCUACGACACCUUUCGCAACCACGGUACCCAACCUAACGACAACCAUAGAGGUAGAGGUUACGAGCGAGGGGACGACGAAGAAGCCCAAGAAGAAAGGAGGAGUAACUGUACCUCCGGAUGGUGGAAAGGCAGCCAUAGCAGCACCUUCGUCUUCGUGUCCUGCAGGAUUCAAGAAGGACAAAGGAGGAACAUGCCGGCCUUCUGUCUGAACUUUUGGAGAGUAACUUCAAGACUGUAAUUAAUUAAAUAAUAAUUGUUUUUUUACUAUAUUUUUAUUUUAUGUAUAAUACUAAACAAUAAUUUUUAUAACGAAAUACGAACUUUUGUGAAUAAAACAUAUUUAAAACGCUUACUUUUUUUUUUUAAUUCAUCUUUACCAUAAGUUACAAGAUUACCUCAUUUUAGAAAAUACAUAUAAAUUAAUAACGAUUUAAAUAAGAACGAAGCAGUGAACUCAAUAAAUACAUAGAUAUUUUUUAGAAUUUAUAGCAAUAUAUCAUAGGUAAACAAAUAUUAAAAUGUUGCAUUCUCAAAUCAAAAUAAUCAAACCAGAUAUAUGUUUAACUUUUUUGAUAGUAAUUGUUUGGUUAAAAUAGUCUUCGAUUUUUUAGUUAUUUCAAGUGAGAUUCAUGUAUACCAUAAGAAGCAAGAUUAACUUUUUUGUAUGUAUAUUAUUAAAACUAAUAAUAAUUUAAUUAAAAACUAAAAGUAUUUUAAUACCAAAUUAGAACAUAGGUGAACAUUAAUAAAUAAUAUUAUAUGUUUAUCUAAAAUUAUUUUUCAUCUAAAAAGGUAUUAAUCUUAUUCUAACUUUCACUUCUUUUCUUAUAUGAAUUAAUCAAAAAACUAAGCUCCGGAAUUUUGUUUUUAGAAUUUACAAGAAUAUUUCAUGAAUACAAAACUAUUGCCAUAUUGCAUUUUUGAUCUAAAAAUAAUCAAACAACAUAUAUUUUUUACUUUGUUGAUAGUUAUUGGCUUGUUAAAGUAGGUGAAAGUUCUGUAUUAUUUGCAUGGAGAUAUUGCCUAUUUCAAGUGACAAUUUUACCAACAAAAUAAAACACACACACAAAUAUAUAUAUAUACCUGUUAAAAAUGAACAAACAGAUUGAAAAAUUGUUAUCAUCGAUGAGGAAAAGGUAAUCAAGGUAUAAGAUAUGCCCGAAGAAUAUGAAGAGAAUGAAUCGGAAUAGGCUAAAAAAGACAAUGUUCGAUAAAGCAAUAGGACUGAACAACAUAAAAGGUUAUCCUGAACUAAUAAAAGAAGAAAUGAAAAAAAUGGGCGUGAAGGAAAAAGACUACCACGAUAGGGAUAAAUUCUGGAAAAUUGUGAAAAAUAAAACGGUUCUUGUAGCGGAUAAGAAGAAGCAAAAAAGUAAUAAAUGGACUGAGGAAAGAAAGGAGGAGAUGGUAGAAAAAAUGAAGCCCUAGAG